AUGGAACUAAAUCCUUUUCAAAAUCUUCUUAAUAAAACUGCUUUAAAGGAACUACACAAAUUUACGAACGAUCCUAAUCAGAAAGUUACUCAGUUUAUUAAUGCUGUUGAACACAUCGGUCGCUUCGCUGGAUUGAAUGAAUCGAUGCUACAUUCUAUCGCUACUAUUAAAUUAGGAGGAUCUGCCUUUAAUUGGUAUGAUAACAAUAAAGAUCAUUUACAAACAUGGCGAGAUCUAAAACAACAUCUUCUUGAACGCUUUAAACCAUCUCCUUCUGCUAUCAAAACGCGAUUGAAGGAAAGAAAACAACAACCUGGUGAACUACUUAACGCCUACUAUGAUGAUAUUAUUGAUUUAUGUAAACAAGUUGAUCAAAAUAUGCCGCUACAUAUGAUCGUUGAUUAUUUACAAGAUGGUAUGCGCAAUGAUUUAAAAAUACACGUCAAACGUCGCCUCAAAACGCUCGAUGAUGAACCAACACCAAAUGUCCUUUGGAAAUACGGUAAACUGUUCGAUCUACGUCAACCAUCAAAAAUCAAUAUCACUCUCGAUCAUGUGAUCGAUACCGGUCAACAUCGACCAAUCUACACUCCACCUUAUCGACGUUCACCUCAAGAUCAUCAAACUAUUACCGAAGAAACAGACAAACUGUUAAAACAAGAUAGUAUCGAACCAUCAACAUCACCUUGGUGCUCACCUGUCGUAUUAGUGCGUAAGAAAGAUGGUACUACACGAUGUUGCGUUGAUUAUCGGAAACUAAAUGAUAUUACUGUCAAAGAUUCAUUCCCGUUACCUCGCAUCGAAGAUAUUUUCGAUCAACUGUCUCAAUCAACAUAUUUCACCACACUCGACUUUAAAAACGGCUAUUUUCAAAUUCCAUUAGCAAUUCGUGAUCGUCCUAAAACGGCAUUUUCCACUCGCGAUAAUCAUUAUCAAUUCAAAGUCCUCCCUCAAGGGCUUGGUAUCGGUGCUGUUUUAUUACAAACCUAUCCUGAAGGUGAUCGUCCUAUAUGUUAUAUGUCUAAGAAGCUUACACCUGCUCAACAACGCUGGUCUCCUAUUGAACAGGAGUGUUAUGCGAUCGUCAAAGCUGUUGAAUUAUGGCAUCACUAUUUACACGGUAAUCAUUUCAUCUUAGAAUCUGAUCAUAAACCAUUAGAAGCACUCAUGCGUAAAUCUCAAACGAACGACAAAUGUGAACGAUGGCGUUUACGGCUACAAUCAUACAACUUCACAAUAAAACACAUCAAGGGUAAAUCAAACACCAUGCCGGAUUAUCUAUCUCGAUCACCAGUGGAUCACGCUGAAGAUGACAUUGACGAUAACGUUAUCCCAACUUCUGCCUCUAUUAGUACUCAAACUGAUACAAGUGACCACGACACUUUUUCAACAUCAUCAAUUGUCGGUAUGGUCACUACUCGUUCUCGUUCUCGUCAAUUACCACAAUCCGAUAAUCAUAUUACCACUCCACCAAACACCAAUCGCUCUGAAGUUCAAAAUCAUCAAUCAACAUCAUCAACUUCUAAAACUACUACUGAUAGUGCACGUAUUGGAUGUACUGGUGCUAUUGAUCAAUUGAAACAAGCACAACAGAAGGACCCUGAUCUACAAUACAUAGCGAAUCAUCUUAAUGAUAAUAAGUAUAUUAACUGUUAUCUUUUACAGGAUGGUCUCUUAAUGCAUUAUGAACAACACUCAAAACCUGUUCCAUGUGUUCCGAAAGGAGAAAUUCGAAAUAAUAUUAUGAAAAUCUAUCAUGAUACUCAAGCUAACGGCGCACACUUCGGUCGUGACAAAACUAUAACGAAAAUCAAAGCUCGAUACUAUUGGAAUACCAUGAACAACGAUAUAACUAAUUAUGUUAAGUCAUGUAUUCGUUGUAAUCAAAAUAACCCUAUUCGCUGCAAACCUCCUGGUCAUCUGAAACCGAUCGAACCACCGGAAGGAGUUUGGCACUUAUUAUCAAUGGACUUUCACGGACCAAUUACUCCUACUAGUCGACGUGGCAACAAAUACAUUAUUUCAAUCACUGACGUUCUAUCCAAAUUCGUUAUUGCAAAAGCAGUUCGUGAUUGUACUGCUGAUACUGCUGCUCGAUUUCUUCAAGAAGAGGUUAUCUGUAAAUAUGGCACACCGAAAUGUGUUCUUACAGAUAAUGGUACUCAUUUUACAUCAACUAUGAUGGAACAUCUACUCAAACGUCUCGGUAUCACUCAUUUGUACGCAACACCCUAUCAUCCUCAAACUAAUGGUCAAAUUGAGCGUUUCAAUAGCACGAUGAAUGCAAAAAUUGCUGCCUUAUCUAAUCAAUAUCGAUCUGAUUGGGAUGAUAACCUUCCAUUUGUCAUCUUUAAUUAUAACACAAGUUAUCAUUCCACUACUAAAACUAUUCCAUUCGAACUUAUGUAUGGACGUUCACCUGUCCUACCAUUCGAUCUGUAA